GGCGGUUUUUAUUCAGGGCGGGCGGGGCUAAAGGCAGGUUGGCGCCGAGCGCGGGAGACAAAGGCAGCGAGAGCGCAAACAGCAGCGGGCCAGGCUUUGGCAUACAGAAGGCUUUAAACACCUGGAAGCUAACAGCUAAUCUUGACCUGUUCUGUCAUGGCAUCUGCUUCGGAAGACAUCAAAGUGAAAGAAUUGGACAAACGUUCCUCAGGCCAGGCCUUUGAAUUGAUCCUGGGCCCACCAGCUGCUGAAGCUAUUCCAGAAUUUCCACUUUCUCCCCCGAAGAAAAGGGAGCUUUCACUCGAUGAAAUCCAACGCAAACAUGAAGCUGCAGAGACCCGACGAAAGUUGCAAGAAGCAGAGCUGCUGAAACAAUUGGCUGAAAAACGAGAACACGAGAAGGAAGUGCUUCAGAAAGCCAUUGAUGAAAAGAACAACUUCAAGAAAAUAACAGAAGAGAAGCUGACCACCAAGAUGGAAGCCAACAAGGAGAACCGUGAAGCUCAACUGGCAGCAAAACUGGAGCGCCUACGCGAGAAGGAAAAGCGGGUGGAAGAUGUGAGGAAGAGCAAAGAGAUCAAAGAAACUGAAGACUAAUUCCUUCCCCACUUUUGUUUGGAAUUGGGAGGUUUUUUUUUUUCAAACAUCCAAAGAUGUUUUUAAGUGGCCAGUGUCGUUAUGGAAAUUCAUUUGUAAAUGCAAUUGUGUAACAGCCUCAAGCUCUUCAGAGAAGGAAGGAUUGUAUUUGUAUGCUUUCCACCUUUUUUGUGUAACAUUCUUGUGGGUUAUUUCCUGAUGUAGAUACUGAGCUAUUUUUUUCUUCUCGUAGUGAAUUGAAUGGGAUUGCUGGUUCGGGUUAGUGUCUUUGUGAAAGUUUAAUCUCCAGCAUGCUUUACUGAGGUAUUACACGUUUAGCUUGAAAGUGUAACUAUAUAAACCUGCCUAACCUGUUGCACCUGUCUUAACUUCAAUAAAACUUCACAAUUGGUAUUGA